AUGGCCCGCAAGAGCAGUGGAGCACGCAAAGGCCGCGCCGUAAGUGCGUUGGUGCGCGCCGAAGAUGCCGCCGAGGAAGAAAUCCUAGAGACGCCGGCGCUAAGCUCGGCAGCUGCAGCCCGCCGUCUCGUGGCUGAAGCGCAGGCCGAAGCGGAGGGCGCCAAGCGUGAGAGCAAGGGCGUAUACAAUAGGGAGGCACUGCUAGCUCUGGUGAAGGACUGGGACGCCAAGCCGCUGCCGUGGGUAGAGACACUAGACACGUGCGCUGUGUCACUCGAACUGGAAAGCGUACACGACGAUCUAAAGCGUGAGGUGGCUUUCUACAACAACACACUGGCUGGUGUACGUCUUGCAAAGGAGCGACUUAAGAAAGAGGGCGUGGCUUACAAGCGACCGGACGACUACUUCGCUGAGAUGCUCAAGAGCGACGCGCACAUGGCUAAGGUCAAGGAUAAACUCAUUUACGAGCAGAAAAAGAUCACAGCUGUGGAAGAACGCAAGAAAUCACAGGCCCACCGCAAGGUGGCGAAGGAGAUUCAAGCCGAGAAGAUCAAGGAGCGCAACCAGCAGAAGAAAGACACGCUGGAGGCUGUCAAGCAGUGGAAGAAACGUAAAGGAAACGACAAGCGCGGCGGCCUUAAGGACGACGAUGACACUGAGCUGGACUCGAUUGUCAGCGGCAAGCGAAAGCAUGCAGGUGGUGACCGUGACGGCUCUAGCAAGAAGCCCCGCUUUAAUAAGGCACGCGAAGCAAAGAACGCUAAGUUUGGCUUUGGAGGCAAGCGUCGCCACGCUAAGAGUAACACUAAGGAGAGCACGAACGACAUGUCAUCUUUCCCUGGUGCACGUAAGGCCAAGAUGAAGAGUCAGGCCGCAGCCAAGGGCGGCAAGCGUGCUGGCAAGGCCCAACGCGCCAACCAACGCAACCAGAGCAGGCGGUAGAUGGAUUGAUUGGCGGCUAGGUAGGCUACUGCUGGGCAAGGCCUCCCGGCUCGCUUCUAGAUGAUAACAGAGCUUUUUGGUAUUUUAGAAACACCGAUUUGUGUUUU